AGUAAAUAUAAAUAUCGUGUUUGUACGUGUUUGUUGUGAUGGUCGUUAACAUAUGUGUUUACAGAAGUUAAAUUAACUUUGAAAGGUGAAUAUGGAAAAAAGUGUAUCAUACUCCACAAAGGAUUGGGAUGAUACUGCAGACGUUCCUCUUCUCCACGUGACCUAUCUCAUUCAUUUAUUACUACCAAGACGCCAUUUUGGACAUGAUAGACUUCAGAUCGAAAAACAGAAAAUUCUUCAAGGGUUUUCAAAUGUAAAGGAGGGUCUUUCAGGCAAGUUACACAUUGUCCCAGUUGGAAGUAAGUCAGAGGGUUAUGGGAUACCGGAUGCUGUGAGAUUGACAGAUCAACCAUAUAUUGAAUAUAUGUCAGAUAUCGACGCCAUGUUAGUGCGAGAGGAAUUUUCCGCUUCGGCUAAUGAAUUUGAAAAAGCUGGAACGAGAAAUUCAGUUUUUAUUGAGACUUCUCAAACUCACCCUGGAUAUGGACGUGUGAGGUUCCGUUCUCCAACAGACAUAAACAGUAAACUGUUAUAUCACGAUGGCCAAACAGACAAGUAUUAUCUGAAUUCUAGUAUGAUUAUGCAGGAACAGGGCGAAAUGAUGAAAACCAGCACAGACGAUGAUUUAAAAUAUUCACUGCAAGGUCCAGCUGUUUCUUCAGACGACAUAGUUCCAAUGACACUGGAGAGAGGGAAAACAUCAAAACUUGUUCAUCCCCAGGAUUACGUGUUAGCUAUCCCUUGCAAUUCAUGGCCAGAAUGUGCAAUACCAUGGACUAGGCGGAAACGCACUAAUAAUUGGUUGGCAGCUGACAUUGUUGACUCGAUUGUUUCCACCGGAUUCCAUAUGGUACCAGUAGCUCAUCGUUUAAGCAGUAAUCCUGACAUUGAGUGGAGAUUGUCAUUUGCAAAAGCCGAACAAAUCCUUGCUGAACAGGCGGUCACUGCAGCACAACGACAGUGUUUUGUUUAUCUUAAAAUUUUACGUAAACAGACCAUGGAGGAAAACACUAAACUUUCAUCUUAUUUUCUAAAAAACAUAUUUUUACAUUGUUGUGAGGAAUUACCAGUUCGAAUUUGGGAUGACGACCCUGCUAGCUGUGUUUUGUACAUGCUAGAUGUUCUUUUGGAAUGCGUUCAAAAAAGAAAACUCCCUAGUUACUUCUUACCAGAAAACAAUCUGAUAGAUUAUUUAGACGAGUCAGAAUUACAGUCCAUUGAAUCAGCUCUUCAAAACAUUCGUAGUGAUCCAAUUGCGCCAAUUUUAAAAUUCACAGAUUCAAGAAUUUUCUGUUAUGCCCAGGAAUGUUUAAGUUAUAGCACAACUUUCCGAAGCAUUGUUCAGCUAGUCUUGGAUGAAAUUGCUUCCGUUGAAGAUGUUGAUAUUGGAAGAACCGUCUUAGGUUGUUUUACUGAUAUCCAGUGUAACAUUGCAUCAGUGAUGCUAGGCGAGAAGCGGACAUCCUUUUCAUACCAUUUGGAUUUUUAUCAGCUUUUUGUACAAAAAUAUAUACAGAUGUCCUUUGUGGAUUUUGUUAAUUAUAUGGGUAUUAGACUAGAAACACCUUUCAUAACGUUAAUGUUUUAUGAGAAAUGCUUGGCUGAGGUACAAAACUUUCCAGAACUUGAAUAUUUGAGAGGGAAUAUGGCAUGUAUGUGUUUUGCCUUGGCACAAACUCACGAUGAUAAAUCAAAAGAAAGAAAAAUGCGAUUAUACCAAGCAGAGAAACUUUACAAUGAAGUUCUACAACAUAAUGGUAUUCAUUUUGCUAGCACCAUUGACUUUGCAAACUUUCUAUGCGAUAGUGAAAGAUGGGAAGAAGCAAUUAGUUUGCUUGAAAAAUUCAUUGAGACAGAACGAAAAAGACCAUCAUCAAUGCAAAAUGGAUAUUAUCCUGCCGAAUCUACAACACUGAAUGUUCAGCUUCAAAGGGAGGUUAAAUAUGCAGGCUGCUUCUUGGCAAGUUCUUUGUCAUUUGCAUAUUAUUUCCUAAUUAAGGCCACCAUUGAAACAAAGUUGCCAAACUUGCCAAAUAUUCUGGAAAAAUUUGAAAAGCAUUGCCAUUCUGUGAACAGUUAUGGAGAUUAUGAACUUCUUGGAUAUAGUGGACUAGAUACUAAAAACUACGUUUUAGCAGAGUUGGCCUUUUCUAAAGCUGCAAAUUUACAUCAAAAUAACUUGCUUGCUCAGGUGAACCUUAAUCUAUGCAGAGCCAACGAUCCACCAGCCAAAAAGCAAUCGAGGAUUGCAUACUUGAAAAUAGUUUUCAAAUACUGUCUCAGCAUAGGUUACUUGCUAGAUGACAAUAUAGUUAAAGCAACGAAUUUAAUUUUCAAUAGAUGAUUACUGUUUAUAUACACAAGUGGUCUUUACAUGUUUUGACAAUGAUCAGUUUAUUAUCUGUUUUCUUAUUGUUUUACUCGGUAAAAAGAAUGACAUAGCAUUCAGGCAUUGUAAGAAUUUUAAUGUAUUUGUGGCACGAUUUGUAGAAUAUUUUGUGUUACAAUUACCAAUUCAGAAAUGGAAACUGGGCUGGCUGGAAAAUUUGGAUUAUACAAGAUAAAAAAUACAUCUACA